CAUCUCCAGAAAAUUUAAGAAAGAAGGUUUUUUUGUGUCUAGAACACAAACACCGCUUCUCUCUCUCUCUCUCUCUCUUUUUCCGUUCCUGGAAAAUGACACUUGGAGACACAUCCAUCGUAUUGAUGGCUGCUGCCCUGGCAACCACCGGGGGAAUCGGCAAAGGCCAGGAUUUACCCUGGACGAUUCCUGUCGACACUCAAUACUUACAUGAAAUCACGACCAAAGCCUAUAAUGCUUCCACGACCACAACGGCAACAACGUCUUCAGUAACCGAUCGCCAGUGGCACAAUGUGGUUGUGCACGGGCGGUUAUCGUGGGAAUCCAUACCAAUGAAGUCAAUCCCCAUGCCACAGCGAUUCAACAUUGUCAUUUCUCGUAAUCCUUCAUACAAGAUUGCAUCAUACCCUAACGCAAGUUUAGUUACAUCCAUUCAUGACGCUGUUGAUCAAGCCAAGCAAUUAGUGCAAAAUACCCAGGGCCGCGUGUUUGUAUUGGGUGGUGGACAGAUCUAUGGUCAAGCCAUGAAGUUGUGCACACAUAUCUUAUUGACCCGUGUCCAUGAUGCGAAACAAAGUAUUGUAUGCGAUGCAUUCAUGCCGCCUGUUGAUACGUCUUUGUUUGUCCAAGCAAGUCAUUCGGAACUGGAGGGGUUCGUACAACAGCCAGUGCCUCAAGGACGACAAGUAUGUGGUGAUUUGGAGUAUGAAUUUUUACUGUAUGUACGUAGUACGUCGUUGUCGCCGUGAUCUGGUGGGAACAAAGGAAGAGAUAUAGAUGACGAAAACACAAGCAGUAGAAAAGAUAGAUGCUGCUGCCAGCACUAUCACCUGCGUUGCGCUAGCAUAGAAAUCUGUAUAUGUAUGUAAAUAGUAACAAGAAUAUAUAGCAAUAAAAACGUGUACAAG